CAGAUCAAGAUGAUGCUGUUCUGCUAAGCGUUCCCGUGCCCAAAGCCACCAUCUGCGAAGCCGCGAGGCUAUGUCUCCCUCUACGCAAACUUCUCCCUUGCAGGCCGAGCAAGACGCCUGUGCAGAAGCGGAAACCAACCCAGAACUCUACCAGCAUUUCGCCAACCUGGUCUCCUCCUUGCCGAGCUCGGAAGGCUUGUCCCACAACCAAUUCUACCGCCAUGACCAAGGUUGGCACACCGGCCUGGUGGUUAUGGUCGGCGCCAUGGUCGCCGACGCGUGCUUCACCGCGCGGCCAUCAGACAUCGUCGUCGCCACCCUGCCCAAGUCCGGCACCACGUGGAUCAAAUCGCUUCUCUACGCCACCGUGCACCGGAGAGAGCACCACCCCGCCGCCGCCGACCACCCUUUAACCUCACUCGGCCCCCACGGGUGCAUCAAGUUCUUCGAGUACCAGAUCUACACGAGGAACAAGGUUCCGGACCUCGACAAGCUCCCGGACCCAAGGCUCUUCUCGACGCACGUCCCGUCCGUGUCGCUGCCGAGGACCAUCGCCACAUCGGGAAGCAAGAUCGUGUACGUGUGCCGCGACCCCAAGGACCACCUGAUCUCGCAGUGGGACUUCGCGAAAAAGUUCAGGGUCAUGAACCAGCUCGAGCCCUUCUCGGUGGAGGCCGCCGCCGAGCUGUUCUGCCGCGGCUUGUCGCCGUUCGGGCCAUACUGGGACCACGUGCUCGGGUACUGGCGGGCGCACCGGUCACCGCCGGACCCAACACUCUUCUUCAGGUACGAGGAGAUGCACAAGGACCCGGCGGCGCAUGUCCGGAGGCUGGCUGAGUUUGUGGGCCACCCGUUCGGCACUGGGGAGGAGGAGGACGCCGCGGUGGACGCCAUUGUGAGGCUGUGCUCUUUUGAGCACAUGAGCGGGCUGGAGGUGACCAAGACCGGCAAGACUGAUUUGGUCGUCGGCGCGGUUGAGAACAGCUCAUUCUUCCAGCGUGGCGUGGUGGGGGAUUGGGCAAACCAUCUCUCGCCGGAGACAGCGCGCCACAUCGAUGCUAUUACCGCGGCUAAGUUCAUGCGUUCCGGACUUCCGGUCUUGUCUUAG